GCGGCGGGGCCGCCAUGGACCCCGUGCGCAGCUUCGAGCGCUGGAAGAAGAAAUACACGCGGCGGACAAAGAGGCUGCGGCUGCAGCGCAAGGAGAGGAAGCGGCCCGAGUGGCAGGUGGAGCGGGAGAACAUCGGCCGCCUGGUGCAGCGCUACCCCGAGAUAAAUGCAAGUGAAAUCCAAAGAUUUUCAGAUUUUCCACUGUCAAAGAAAACCCUUAAAGGACUGCAGGAAUCUCAGUAUCGUGUGGUAACAGAGAUACAGAGGCAAACCAUAGGUUUGGCUUUACAAGGUAAAGAUGUACUUGGAGCUGCAAAGACUGGAUCGGGCAAAACACUGGCUUUUAUUGUUCCAGCUUUGGAACUCCUCUAUCGCCAGCAGUGGACUUCAGCUGAUGGCCUGGGGGUUUUGAUAAUCUCGCCUACCCGGGAGCUGGCAUAUCAAACCUUCAAGGUCCUGCGUAAAGUGGGGAAGAAUCAUGAAUUCUCAGCUGGCCUUAUUAUUGGGGGAAAGGAUCUGAAAGAAGAGUCUGAAAGAAUCCACCACAUAAAUAUGCUAAUUUGCACUCCAGGACGGCUUUUACAGCACAUGGAUGAAACUUCAUAUUUCUAUGCAUCUGAUCUGCAAAUGUUGAUUCUUGAUGAAGCUGACAGAAUUCUAGACAUGGGGUUUGCUGAUACAAUGAAUGCAAUCAUAGAAAAUCUACCUAAGAAGCGCCAGACUUUGCUUUUUUCUGCAACACAAACAAAAUCUGUGAAGGAUCUUGCACGGCUGAGUCUGAAAGAUCCAGAAUACGUUUGGGUUCAUGAGAAAGCCAAAUUCAGUACCCCAGCAACUCUGGAUCAGAACUAUGUUGUCUGUGAGCUUCAGCAAAAAGUAAACAUGUUAUACUCUUUCCUGAGAACUCAUUUGAAAAAGAAGACCAUUGUGUUUUUUGCAAGCUGUAAAGAGGUUCAGUAUCUCUUCAGAGUGUUUUGUAAGCUUCAGCCUGGUCUUCCUGUCCUGGCACUCCAUGGCAAGCAGCAGCAGAUGAAGAGAAUGGAAGUCUACACUUGUUUUGUUCGGAAAAAGGCAGCAGUGCUUUUUGCUACAGAUAUCGCAGCUCGUGGCCUGGAUUUUCCAGCAGUGAAUUGGGUCAUUCAGUUUGAUUGUCCAGAAGAUGCAAACACAUACAUCCACAGAGUAGGAAGAACAGCCAGGUACAAAGAAGGUGGUGAAGCUUUGUUAGUAUUGCUUCCUUCAGAAGAAAAAGGGAUGGUGGAACAGCUGGCACAGAGGAAAGUACCUAUCAGUGAAAUCAAAAUUAAUCCUGAAAAACUUACAGACAUUCAAAAGAGACUGCAAGCAUUCUUAGCUCAAGAUCAGGAGUUAAAAGAGAAAGCUCAAAGGUGUUUUGUAUCCUACUUGCGUUCAGUUUACUUAAUGAAGAACAAGGAAGUAUUUGAUGUUUUCAAAUUGCCUCUAGCAGAAUAUGCCCUGUCACUUGGUCUUGCAAUGGCACCUCGUGUGAGAUUCCUUCAAAGGGUUCGGAAGCAGCUUUGUGCAAAUGAGGCAGCCAGUGGGGAAGAGCACUUGGAGAAGACAGAGCAAAAUAAGAGUGCUCUCACCUUGGUAAAUGAGGAAACAGUGGAGAAAUGUGGAACUAAUUUCAGUGGAAAAACACCUGUUAAUAAAACAAAGGAAAAACAGAGAAGAAAAGAAACUGUGGAAUGUUCUGUUUGCAGUGGAAGUGCUGAGGAGACUGGUGAGUCUGAGGAUGAAUCGAAAGAGCUGUCUGAGGAGGAGGAAAAAGAAGUUCAUGUACCUAACAGGGUACCAAACUCAGACUCCAUGCAGUUCUUUGAAGAUGAUGACGAUGAUGACGAGAACAAUACUGAAGGUCUUGAUUUGCUGACAGUGAAACAACGCGAUGUUUUUGGUGUGGAAGCUAAAGAUAAUCCAGCACCGACCACAUCAAAAUUAAAGAUGAAGAAGAAAGCAACUAAGACCCAAGAAGCCAAAAAAAUCUUGAAGAAGAAAUUUAAAGUUAACACAAAAAUAGUUUUUACUGAAGAUGGAGAGUUAGUGCAGCAGUGGCCACCUGUACAAAAAUCCAAUUUGGCGCAAGCAGACGAGGAAGAUGAUGCCAGUGGUAUCAACCUAGAUAAAGCGAAAGAAAUCCUGCGUGAGGAAGACAAAUUUGACAAAGAAGAAUACAGGAAGAAAGUAAAGGAAAAACAUAGGGAGAAGAGGCUAAAAGAAAAAGCAGCAAGGAGAGAAGCCAGGAAUAAGAAUGCACAGGCUGAAGAGGAAACUGUGGCCUUUCUUGAUCACAGUGGAAGUGAAGAAGAGUUUGAUCCAAGCACUCUCCCAGAUCCUGAUAAAUACAAAGACUCUGAUGCAGAGCAGGAUUCAGAAAGUGAAGACAGCUAUAGUGAACUUGAGGAGAAGAUUGGAAGAAAGAAGAGAAGCUAUAGCAACAAUGCCAUAGCAGAGGAAAUUCCACGGAAAAGAAAGAAGAUGCAAUUCAGCCAAGAGGAGGAUCCCCGUUUGCCAUUAGAUACUGGGCUUUCCCUGGCAGAGGAUGAAGAGCUUGUAUUGCAUCUGCUCAACAGUCGCAACUAAUUAUUUUUUUUCUGCAGGUUUUCUUCUCUGGGACAUUUUGUCAGUAGUUUACACAAAACGAAUUUGGCAUCUGGGCAGCUGGAUCCCAGUGAAUGUAGAUAAAUGAGUUCUAUGUGCAAUGGGAUUGCCUUAGAUUGGGUCAUAGGUUAUAGACAAUAUUUGAUUUAUAAGGCCUUCUAAUGAACUUUUCAACCAGAAUCCCCAGGUGUCAUUUUGCAAUAGCAUGUUCAUAAUUUUAAAUCUUCAAGUUUUGAAACAAUUACCUUCUUUUAUUUUCAUCUUGCUUUAAAUGAAAACAGGAUAUAAAUGCGUACUAAAAUUUUUAAGGAAGAAAUACUGUUGGCAGCUCAGACCAUAUUACUUAAAAAUAAAGUAUGUACUUUCUUCUAUGUAUAAGGCACAUAUUUUAAGAAUAUUUUAAUAAAAAUUUCUAGAGCCAUGAUGUAAA